UAGGAUAUGAUGGUUCUAAACCCCUUAUUUCUAUAACGAAUCAUCCAAAUAUCAAUAUUCAUUAUAUGUCUCAUCCAUGGAAGCUACCGGAUAAAUUACCGAAAUUAUUAUUUUUGAAUCCUCCUUCAAUCCCAACAUUAAUGAUUACCCAGUUUGUUUGUUGGGCACGGCAAGCGAAUUUGAUAAUUGAUUGGCAUAAUUUUGGGUUCACUAUUCUUGGAAUGCGAUUAGGCCACAAUAGUCGUAUUGUCAAAAUUGCGAAAUG